AAGGAGAAGAGUCACGUUAAAGUUUCGUGCAAUUUGUCUGAAGCGGUCUCGAAUAAUCUUGAGAAAAAAAAACCAUUUUGCAUUAUGACAUCGGUGCAUUCAUCCGAACACUUUUUGGAAGAACUUAGAGCAGUUGUGAUGCCACAAGUACAGUUGGGUCGGUGGUCAGCGACUGGGGCUGGAAAGACUCUUUUCGUUGGUUGUGGAAGAUCGGGUCCACCAAAUCGCCCGUCCAUCGCUAGCAACAGACCAUAUGUGCAUUUUGCCGUUGUUAAGUGA